GAAGCAAAAAUUCAAGAAAUUCUAACUAUUCCUUUUAACUAAAAACGUAAAUCACCCAGGAAAGUUGUAAAAAUAUGGAUUGUUUAACCCCACCUUGUGCGAAUAACAGCAUAGGAGUAGCCAACCAGUACCUUGCUCUGGUCCUUAACUACUUAACUCUAUCACAAUGUUCAAUUUCCCCGUCAGAAUUGUGGCCGACGGAUUAUGGAGAUAUCGCCAUCAAUAACGGUUUUGGAACAUACGAUUUCAUAAUUGUAGGUGCAGGGUCAGCUGGCUCUGUCGUGGCUAAUCGUCUAAGUGAAAAUCCAAAUUGGAACAUACUUCUUUUGGAAGCAGGAGGAGACCCUCCAAUUGAAUCAUUAGUACCAGGGCUUUUCCCAACUUUAUCAAAGACAAAAUAUGAUUGGGAAUAUUAUAUCGAACCAUCGGACAAGUAUAGCGUCUUUAUGGGCUACUGGCCAAGAGGAAAGAUGUUAGGAGGAUCAAGUUCAAUGAAUGGAAUGCUUUAUGUGAGAGGAACGGAAAGUGACUAUGACAAUUGGGAAGCACUUGGAAAUCCAACUUGGGGCUUCAAAGAUGUUUUGCAAUACUUCAAGAAAUCAGAAGCUAAUCAUAAUCCAGAAAUUGCAAAUGCUUUUAGAAAUUAUUAUCAUUCUACUGAUGGGCCUAUGUCAGUAGAACUCUUUAAGAAUAAUGCAACAAUGAACAUGGAUAUAGUUCAAGCAGCUCAAGAAUUGGGAUUUAAAUUUAUCGAAGAUAUUAACGCAAAAGAACAUAUUGGAGUUACAUUUUUACAAGGAACUGUGCGAUCAGGAGUAAGAGAAAGUACAGUUAAUGCUUUUCUAGUUCCUGCAAAGAAUCGUCCCAAUUUGCAUGUCGUUAAAAAUGCUCAUGUCCUUAAUCUUGAGAUUGACAAUAAUGGAGUUGUAUCUGGUGUAAGAAUGAAUCUUAGAGGGCAAAAAGAAUUGAAAGCUUAUGCCAGGAAAGAAGUCAUACUCAGUGCAGGAUCUAUCAAUUCUCCGCAAAUAUUAAUGUUAUCCGGAAUUGGUCCAGCAUCUCAUCUUCAAGAAUUUGGUAUUCCGGUGACUAAAAAUCAUCCAGUGGGAAAGAAUUUACAAGAUCAUCCUGUAGUUCCACUGUUCAUUAAAUUUAAUUCAACUGGUGGCUUUGUUGCAAGCGACUUGUUAAAGGAUUUCAUAACAUACUUAACGGACCAUAAUGGGCUGUUCGCUACUGUUGGUACAGCUCAAACUGUAGUAAAUGUCAAUGUCAAUAGUCCAUUAUCAAAGAAUCCAAAUAUUCAGUUCUUUCAUCCAGCGGUUUUUAAAAAAGGUGAGGUCGACACAGCCAUUGCAUUUUUUAGAUCGGGCGGUGUAAAGGAAGAAAUCAUCAACACUUUAGUUGAGCAAGUCCGUCAGUCAGACAUUUUAGUAGUGGCAGUUACCCACGUAUCCGAGAAGUCUAGAGGAGAGGUUUUACUGAGAAGUUCUGUACCUACUGAUAAGCCACGAAUCAUAGCCAACUAUUUAGCAGCAUCUUCUGAUGUUACUGACUUCGUCAAAGCUAUACAUUUGUACUUGAAGUUCUUCCAAACUAAGGCUUUCAAAAAGAUCAAAGCACAACUUUCUCUACUUCCCAUACCACAAUGUGAUGCUUUGAUCAUCGGAAGUGACGCUUAUUGGGAAUGCUAUUGCCGGCAUUUGACUACUACACUUUAUCAUCCUGUAGGAACUACAAAGAUGGGUCCAAACAGUGAUUCUGAUGCUGUUGUUGAUUAUAGACUAAGGGUUAAGGGUACUACUGGUUUAAGAGUCAUCGACGCUAGUAUCAUGCCAGUUAUACCAAGGGGUAAUACAAAUGCCCCAACUAUUAUGAUUGGAGAGAAAGGGGCUGAUUUUAUUAAAAAAGAUUGGGGUUUCCAAAAUUAAGUUCACUAUAAGCAAUUUUGUUUUUCUGACUUUGGAAGAUUUAAUGUAACGUAAAGUGGUGCUUAUAUUCAAGAAGAUUUCUGUUUUAUAAAUUAAAUCGCUCCUUGAUUUUUUUGUUGUAAACAUAAAAUUAGUUACUAACGUAAUUCUUUUUUUAAAUAAAAUAUUAGGUGUUUGGGGAUAAAAA